UCUAUUUUCAGCGCUAGCUCAGUCAGUCAAAUACCUCCCAGCUUGGAAUGACACAAACACACAAACAGCGAGACUGACUAAAGUGCUAAGAGGGCCAGAAAACAAACGCAAGGAAAUAAACUGAAUACAAUUGAAACUAAAGAGAAAAUUGUAAAACCUACUAAAGGAACCUGCUAUUAACUAUGAAUAUGGAGGAAUGGGAGAGUAUGGAACCUGAGAUGGCGUUGACAGAUUUAGAGGAGCUUCAGUGUGAAUUGCUAGAGGCCAGGGCUCAGGACGAUGAAGACGAGGUGGAGGAACUCCAAAACAGUCUGCGGGAGGUGGUCCAGGACCAGUCAGUGAAACCCAAGCUGCAGUGUUUGAUGGUGGAUCCAUCCUUCUCAAUGGUGACGGUGCAGAGUGAGGACAGCGGCAUUGUCUGGGAGACGGCCUCCAGCAGAUGUUCCACCCCCUGGGCAUCGGAAGCCAGCUACAGCUCAGACAGUUAUAGCAUGGAUGGCUCAGCCACUGGUGGUGCGCAGGGCAAAAUCACUAUAGUCUUUGAUGAGGAAAAGAUUGUGAGCAGGAGGAAGAGGACAAGAGGAAAGAGCCGACUUAGGGACAGGUUGAGGAGACCAGGGUGCUCCAGGUCUGGAUCAGAACUGGGGGUGGAGAGGCCUGAGAUGACUGAGGUCUCUGUGCCCAACAUCAGAGUGGAGAGUGCUGAGUCUGACACAGAAUCAGGGGGAGGGAAGGACAGAGAGCAAGAGCUUUUUAGUCUGAUUUCAGAGGGUUACGAGAUCCUCAACAUCAAAGUCCCAUCCAAACUGCCAACAGUGGAUGAAGAGGAGAGCACCGAGCUUAAGGACAACCUGUCCUACCUUGAGGAGACGCCCAGGAUCAGGUCCAAAUAUAGAGGUGGUACAGAGGCCGUGCUCAGGUCUGCUCAGGACUACCCAAAAUUGAUGGAGGCACCGGGGGGCAUAGAGGGAGAAGUAGUCAGAGUGUCUCAGCCUUUAAAACCCACAGAUGAACUGGGGCCUUGCAGCCGCAGGGAUGGCUUGAGAGAAAUUGAAUACUUUGAGGCAUUUACACUGCUGGAAGAGGUGAUUGUUCCUGGGAAGCAGGCUCCAGAGAUAUUACGGGAAGAGGCACAUACAAUGCCCCAGCUAGAGGGACAUAACGUGGGGCAAAAGACAGCCGCAGACAGCCUCAGUGCAACUCCAAACGAUGACUUUGUAUUUGUCACAGACAUGGAGAUUGCCAGCGAGCGUCUGGAUGAAGUGUUCUACGGGCACAAGCGUCAUGCAACCGCAGAGGAUCUGAUGAAUGAGGAAGAAAACAAAGAGGAGAUGGGGAAGAAAGGGAGAAAGGAGAGCCUAAAGUCUCUGAAGGAGUGUGGGUCAGCACUGUUCGGCAGCGAAGAAAGCAUCCUUACUCCUAUAUUCCUCUCCCCCGGACCUCCUAAGAUCAUUGACCCAGGGCUUCUAGAAGAACCAACCGCCAUGUCCUUCUUGUACUCCGACCUUUAUGAGGAUGCCAGAGGGGAGAGGAGGAGGAGUGAUGAGGAAGGCUCGGAGGCAGGGAGCCUUGUGUCAGACACAACGCUCCAUGGACACCUGUCUGACUCAGAAGAAACAGAUGGAUAUCUUGAGAAGUUUAUCCUGAAAGAUGAAACACCAUAUGUGGAAUGCAGAUCAGAAGAAGCAGAUAAUAAAAAGGAGGGAUUAAUGUUGUGGCCAGAAAGGUUUGAGCUGACUGGAUUCUUAACAAGAGUGGAUGUAGAUGAAGAAAGGGAGGGUAAAGUGUGUAAGGAGGAGGAGGUUAGGGCUGCAGAAGACCUGCAACCAAGUCGUUGUGAAGAAAAUGGCUGUGAAUCAGCAAACAAGAACCACCUGGAGCUACACUGUGUUUUUCAGGAGGCAGUUACUAAUUUAUCUGAAGUUAUUUCUAAAAUACCAAACGAAACUGAAACAGCUGAGCCCACUACAGGUUUCAUACACAAUCUUGAAGCGAAAGUUGUGAAAACUGCCCCUCAGUGGCCACUAGCACCAUCUCCUUCUGAGGAAGACAAUGGAAAGGAGGUAGAGCUUAUGAAGAGGAAUGAAAUGGAGAGUGAGGAUGAGUGGUUGUUCACGCACCUCAGGAACUUCACAGAGGUGGAGCUGCAGACUGAGGCUACGGUUACAGAAACAGAGGUGCACAGUGAGACUUCAGAAGAGCUGGAAUAUGUAAUGAUUCCGCAUCUGGUGAGAAUCGAGAAACUGGUGUCUGAGACAGAAAGACAACAUAUUUGCACAGGCCUGGAAUCUGAUCUAAACAGAGGGCAGGAGUCGGAACCGAAACGUGACAAUGAGAGCAUGGAGAGGGAGGGAGGGUUGGAGUUGGAAAAAGAAAGGGAGGCUCCAAAGUUGGAGGAGAAAGAGAAACUGGAGAGGGAGAGAGAAAGGAACAAGCUGGAGAAAGGGAGAGAGGACAAAUUGAAGCAGACACAGUUGGAUAGAGCGAGAGAAAUGGAGAGGCUCAAGGAAAGACAGGAGAGGGAGGAGAGAGACAGACAGGAGAGGGUGAUUGAAAUAGAGAAGCUAGAGGAGAGACAAGAGAAAGAAAGGGAGAUGCAAAAACUGAAUGAGGAGAAAGGGAGACAGGAGAGGGAGAGACAGUUGGAGUUGCAAAGAGAAAGGGACAGGAUGAAAGAGCAGGAGAAGAAAGAGAGACAGGAGAGAGAGGGGCAGAUGGAGUUGGAAUUGGUGAAAGAAAAAGAAAGGAAAAGACUGAAAGAGGAGAGUCAACACCGGGAGAGUGAAAGGGAGAGGGAGAUGAUGGGGGAGAAGGAGGAGAUCAGAAGACAUGAGAGGGAGAGAGAAAAUGAAAGGAAAGAGAGACAGGAGAGGGAGAAUGCUAGAAAGAAGCUGAAGGAGGGGAAACAGGAAAGAGAGGAGGAGAGAAUGGGGGGAGAGCGAGAAUGGGAGAGGCUGGAGGAGAAACAGGAGAGUGAAAGGGAGAAACAUAGGCUAAUUGAGGAGGAAAAGGAGAGACUGGAGAGGGAAAGGCAGCUGGGGUUGGUGAAAGAAAAAGAAAGGAAAGGGCUGAUGGAGGAGAGACAGGAGGGAAAAAAACAGGAGAGGGAGAGUGAGUUGGAGUUGGAAAGACAAAGGGAGAGGAUGCGGGAGGAGAAAGAGAGAAAUAGUGCUAGAGAGAAGCUGAAGGAGAGACAGGAAAGGGAGAAGGAGAGUGAGAUAGAAAGUGAGAGGCUGGAGGAGAAACAGGGAAGGGAAAGGAAGAAGCGUAGACUAAUGGAGGAUAAGGAUAGACUGGAGAGGGAGAGGGAGUUGGAGAAGCAGAGGCUGAAGGUGGAGCGACAGUUAAUGCUGGGGAGAGAAAGGGUGAGGCCAAGGAGACAGGAGGUCGAGGAGAAGAAGACACUGGAGAGGCAGAGGAUGAUGGAGUUGGAAGGGGAGAAUGUACAUGGGGAGAAAAGGAAAAGAAGAAAUCAGAUUCUAAAGGAGAGCGAGAACCCUAUUGAGGCUGACUUUGAGAUCUUUGAUGAAGAGGAGGAAAGCCAGGCCAAAGCAGUCAUUGCCCAGCUGGGGAUGGAUUGGUUCUGUCUGGGCUGUGGUUGUCUGCUUUCUGAGACUGACACACUGUCUGGAGGACACCAGGACCAUGAAGUCACCAGCGUAGAGACAGCAUUUGAAGAUAUCAGGGAAAGGCUGAGUGCCUGGAUCUCAGAGCUGCAGGAGAGAUCGGAGAAAAUUGAAGAUCUGGUGUCCGAACUGGAACUGGCCUACAACACCGUAGAGGACCAUUGCCGGAAUUGUGAGGUGGGGAUGGAGGCUCAGAAUGAGGAGAUAGUUGCUCUGGUGAUGGAGCAGUACAACACCAUGUCUCUCUGCAUAGAGGAUGAGAAGAAGGCCAAGCUGGAGCAGCUCUAUGACCAGAUUAUCUCCUUCCAGGACAGUAUAGACCAGGCGAAGGUCACAUUGGAGACCACCGCUAGAGAGGCAGAGCUAGAUCCAGACCAAGACACACAGACGUCCAAAGACAUCUACAUGAGAUUAAAAAAAGCACUACAGUCAGCCAUGUCUCUAGAACUGGGUUCUCAGGGCCUACUAGUGUUUGAAGACUAUGCCAAAGGCAACACAGCCAAUAAACAGACACAACGUAAGGGAAUCCCAGUUCCUCAGAAGCCAUCUCUGCAACAUCAGGAGUGUGGUUCUGCCAACAGCACCAGUGUGACUGUUUACUGGACAGUCAGUUCGGGAGACAUCAUAGACUGCUUUCAGGUCUACUGUAUGGAGGACCCACAAAGAGCAGUCUCAGAUGAGUACCGUGUGACAGUGAAGGAGAGUUACUGUGUUCUAGAGGAGCUUGAGCCUGACAAGGUGUAUAAAGUGUGGGUGAUGGCUGUCAAUUACACUGGCUGCUCCCUACCUAGUGAGAGACUACCCUUCAGAACUUCCCCAUCGGUGCCAAUGAUUGAUACGGAGCAGAGUACGAUACUGUGGGACUCAGCCACAUUGCGUUGGAGUGCGACCAACCAAACACAAGCAGAGAGUUACAACCUGGAAUACUGCAGACAGUAUGCUCUCGAAGGAGAAGGGCUUAGGUCUAUCUCCGGUAUCCUGGGCAGACAACAAAGGGUACUACUGCAUCCAAAUGAGAAUUACCUCUUCUACAUCAAAGCUGUCAACAAAGCCGGAGCCAGUGAACAAAGCGAGGCUGCUCUCAUAUCUACUAGGGGAACUAGGUUCCAUCUAUUGAAAGGUUCGGUUCACCCAAUCCUGAAACUAUCAGAGGACAAGACCACCAUAUACUAUCCCCUGGCCACAUACAAACAGAGAGAUGAAGCAGCUAAUGAAUGUCUGUCUGUCCUGGGUGAGUUACUACCCAUGACAGGGCAUCAUUACUGGGAGACCAUUGUGACUGAAAGUCCUGCCUACCGGGUGGGAGUUGCAUAUGGGACAGCCAACAGAGAUAGCCCACUGGGGGAGAACACCAUGUCCUGGUGUCUGCACUGUGUCCCUACACCCUCCAGUUGUCGAUUUGAGCUGCUUCAUGGCAAUGUUCUAACUGAUGUGUUCGUGGUGGAUGUGCCCUCUCGUAUUGGCACAUUUUUGGACUUCCAGAAUGGCCGUCUCUCCUUCUAUAACGCCCAGAGUGGCCAACUGCUAGGGACCCUCCCCCACUGCUUCAUGCAACCAUGCCACCCUGUAUUUGGGAUGGAGCAGCCAGGUAGCCUGAAAAUCAGCAUGACCUUAAAGGUGCCUGACUUCACAGAGUACGGCUAGCCCUAUGCAAGUUAUGUCAUGGAAGAACUUUUGGAUUUUAUAAAUAUACAAACACACACGAUAGCAUGUUUUAUGGACCCCCCUCUCCAGAAGAUAAUAGUGCUGGUAUUCUGUUGUUGUUGAUGAGGGUUGUGCCUAUAGAGCUGUAUCUGGACAUAAACUGUCUCAGUGUUAAGACAGACAUUAAUGAGAGAGGAAGAACUGUAAGUGCUUCAGCUACAUAGACUUAUUCAGAGGUUUUUGCUGUUUUAUAUCAUGUUUUGAAUUAGAGCGUGUUAUUGUUGAGAGGAAAAUGUUUAUCUGAGUUUAGUUUAUAUAUAUAUAUAUAUAUAUAUAUAUAUAUAUAUAUACACACACACAGCUCUAGAAAAAAUAAUAUGAGACACCUUCCUUUGUCUUUCCUUUCCAAAAAAAAAAAAGGAAAGUUUGGAGUGAGGAACAGAGGCGUUCAAUUUGCAGUGGUCUUUUAAUUUUCUUAUAUAUAAAGUAGUAUACAUGUAUACAAUGUAUGCCAGAAGCAUACAAGAACAAUGCCACAACAAUAUAUCGUGACAACAACACUAUAUUAAUGUAAGAGUUACGUUUCCAUUUAAGUAAUCUAACAUACACUUUUACAUAGAGUUCACAAUCAGUUUAGCCAGAAGAUUGAUGAAAGGACCCCACAUUCUUAGAAGUCUGUUGGAGUUCUAAACAGUGUACAUUUUCCAUGUUUACAGAGUUGAUCAUUUCUCACAAUGAUCUCUGGAAGCAAACCAUUUUGCUCCUUGUCAGAAGAUUUAAAAGGAGAUCAUAACCAACCAACAAAAUGUAUUUAUGUCCCAUUCUUACAAGUUCGUAGAACUAGAGCCAGAAUAGAGUCAAGGAGCCAUUUGAGGUUUAAUGGUAGUCUAUGCAUUACUUUGUAUAAUAUGACAUCUGGUAUUAAUUAGGGUGGAGAACAAAUAGUCAAGGUUGGCAUUUAUCAACAAGUUAAUCAAAUUUUCAAAAGUUACAAAAGAAAAUCUGUAAUACCGACUGUCUAACUGAUUGACAAUCAUACCACAAUAAUAUGGACAUUGCCUGAUGAUUCAUUUUAGUUCAGAUCUUGCAUCUAUGGAUGCGCUAGCCAGAUUUAGUUUGGUUUUUGUUCAUUAAUUUUCUAGUAUUUAUUCCUAUUAAGCUUCCUUCCAAGGACAUAACUCUGUUAUUCUAUAUAUUAGAUGUAGUUUAUUUUGGAAAGUGUAGUUCAAUUCAUGCAGUUCAUACAUAUCUCUGUGCUAAUUCAUGGGAGACAAUGCACGUUUUUGAAGAUGUUUAUUGUUCAUUUGCAAUUGUAAUUCAUUUAAAAGCUUGCAACAAUAAUAUGAAAUAAAUCACUUUCUGUAAAAUACUAACGACUUGACAGGCCUAUGCAUUAGGUUAUUUGCUGCUGUUAAGGAAUUUCUGAAUCUGAAUGUCUCCCAAGUAAAAGUAUAUCUAGCCAAAUUGUUUAUACUAAAACGUUAAUGAGGUUGUUAAAUACAUUUAAAUAAAAGGUUGAAUUUAUUGUAUAGCAUAUAACAAUUUACAUUAUUUCUUUCCAUUUAGUACCUCUCUUUUUGGCAUGAGUGGGUGGGGUCGACUAUUCAACGACAAAAGCUGAGGAAUUAUUGAUAGUGAAAAUAUUUGUCAUGCACAUCCCUAGUGUUAAUGUAGAUACAGCAAAUUGUAGACAGAGCUUCUCUCCAUAUAUGAUGUGAUAUAUUUCUGAGCUUGGAAUUAUAUUUCAAAUUAUAUAAUUAUAAUUAUAUAAAAAAACAUUUAAUGUUUUGGGGAUCAAUGUUGUCAGAGUUCAUAAGACAGAACUCUCUGGCUUUGUGUAACAGUGAAUAUGUUUUCAAUCUACAUCAAUAUUCUCAAAACAAAAUAAAUACAUGAAUCAAAUGUAGAUAUAUGGUCAAAAUGGCUAAUUGGUUUGUUAAAUAAAAAUGACUGCCCACAAAAAGAUGAAUAAAACAAUGUGUUUGAGACCAAGCAGACAAAUAAGAACAUAUUGUGUGUUUUAAAAAUCCCAAUAGCUGUUUUACAUUUUCUUUGCAGUCAUUUCAUCAUGAUGUAAACCACACAUACAGCUCUGGAAAAAAUUUAAAGACCACUGCACCUUUUUCUUUCCUUUCCAAAAAAGUUGGAAAGGAAGGUUUUGAAUGAGGAACAGAAGGUUGAAAAUUAAGAGACCACUCUUAAUUUUUUCCAGAUCUGUAUAUGCGUACAUAUGCGUUCAUGCAUAUUUUACCAAGAAAUGUCAAUAUUUUUCUUUUUUUUUACACAAAUAAUCCCAUUUAUUCAGUACAAAGGCUGGUUGGCUCAUAAAGUUAUAGACAUUCCUUUGGCGCAGUUAACACAAUCCCAUUUUAUUUUAAAUAGAUAUACAGAAAUAUGGAAAUGUGAAUAUAAUGGAGGACAAACAAAAUCCCCACUAAUGCAUCUGAGAAAUAAUGUGAAAUGUCAUAACAAUUAGAAAGUCCCUAUUACUUAUAUCUUUCUAAUUACUGACUUGGAAGUAUUGAGUAUAAUAUAAAGGUACCAAAAAAUGUAUCACCACUGAAAAGAGCACUGAACAAAUGGAUGGGCAAAGGGCCAGGUGCUUGUUUCAAGGUAGACCCCUGUCUGAGCAAGUGCUUGAGGUAGUCUAAGGUAUGGAAGUCAGGUAAGGCAAGGAAGGCAAGGCAGUAAUAAAACGUUUGGUAAAUGUGUCAAAACAAAUUUGCAUUGUUGUAUUUCUGUUAAAGAUACAUUUUAACACAGAUCCCCAAAUUGCUUGUACACAACUGUAAUUCAUCUUUUGUUUUUAUUUUUGUACAUUGUUUUUGCCAUAUUCGUUCCAUACAUUGUUUUAAAUAUCUUAUUUUUGUACAUUGUUUUAGCUAUAUUUUUCAUUUUGUUUCCUGCAUUACCUUCUCUUUUAUCAUCUCUCUAUCAUCUUCUCUUAUGAAAAUAGUAUAUGCAAUAAUCACAGAUUAUUAAAUGUAUAGAAAUAGAUUGCAUACAAAUAGAUACCCACCUGAAUUAUUUCGUGCCUAGAAAUAUAUUGCAUGGAACAGAUGUACCAAUUUAAGUCUAUUGUCUGAUCUAUUUCUGUAUAUGUAAUCAAUCCAAUAGGUGAAAUCCAGGUAAGAACACUUGAAAACCAGGUGAUCUAAGCUGCUGUCCUUGCAGUACAACUGUGUCACGGUGGCACAUUGAUGCCUGGGGUUCCAACCUGUAGCAAUGCUUUUCAAUUUGAAUAAGCACUGUCCUGGGUGGAUGGGUGGAAAUUUAGACAGGGCAUACUUGCCACAUUAUGCUUUAGUGACUCCUUUGAGUAAGGAUGGGUGCUGCCAUCUCAAUUGUGGUUGUCAAACCCGCAGGCACACUGUAUUAGCUAAUGUCUGGUUGAGCGAUUAGUGUGAUAUAAAUCAAAAAGCUUAUCUUGAUCAUUAACUAUUCAAUACCUACUGUGGAGUUGUUGUCAGGCAAGCUCAUAAUGGAGAAUUGGAUAUGACACAACUGAGAUGAAAGAGGAAAAUGUAUGAAAAAGUCUGUGAUAGCCCACUGAGUUGCAUGUAGAACCGAGAAGUAUAGUCAUUACUUGGAGAUGGUUUUGAGACCAUCUGUAAAGGUUUUUCAAGACUGUAUAUCUUUUCUGUUUAAAAGCAUGUUUCAACUGUAGUUCAUUAUGUAAAUACUGUUGUGUAAAUAACCUUGCAAACAGAUGUGUAGUUUAUUCUCUCUUCCAGGUGGAAUCGGGUCUGAAUGAUUGUUUUUGACUCAUUAUUGAAGGUCUUUAUGUUAGAGUCUGAUGAAGAGAUAUGUUUUUUUGUAUUUGAAAGAAGACUGAAUAAACUCUUGAAGUGA